UCGUGGAAAAUGGCUCUGCUCGACUUGUGUGGAAUAUCGGAUUGGGUAAAAGAGGAUAAUUUUAACGCGCAGGUAGCGUCUGUUGAUAAAGUAAACCACUUCAAGUUUGCUACCGAUACACCUGAGUUUGCGGUUCCAGUUGGUGUGAAUCCUGCCACUUUUCUGAAGCCUCUCACAGACAGUGAGGAUGGAGUUGAUGGAGUGAGGAUUAAACUGAAUCAUGGCACCACCACUCUUGCCUUCAAAUUUCAACAUGGAGUUAUGGUGGCUGUUGACUCUAGGGCAUCCGCUGGGUCUUACGUUGAUACUCAGAUGUUCAAGAAGGUGAUUGAGAUCAAUCCAUACCUCCUGGGGACAAUGUCUGGCAGCGCAGCGGACUGCGUUUACUGGGAGAGAGUACUCGCCAAAGAAUGCAGGAUAUACAAGCUGAGGAAUAAGGAAAGGAUCUCUGUGUCUGCCGCCUCCAAACUCCUGGCCAACAUGGUGGUGAGCUACAGAGGAAUGGGGCUGUCCAUGGGGACCAUGAUAUGUGGCUGGGAUAAGAAGGGACCAGGGUUAUAUUAUGUGGAUGAUGGUGGGGUCCGACUCAGUGGCAAUAUGUUUUCCACGGGGUCCGGUCAAGCUUAUGCGUAUGGCGUCAUGGACAGUGGCUACCGGUAUGACCUCUCUGUACCUGAGGCGUACGACUUAGCUCAGAGGGCAAUUUUCCACGCUACUCACAGGGAUGCAUAUUCAGGAGGAACUGUGAACAUGUACCACAUGCAGGAGACUGGCUGGAUCAAAGUGUCACAAGAAGAUGUUGGGGUGCUCUAUCACCGUUUUGAUGCUGAGAAGAAAUGAAUUUCUUCACACCAUAACACUCAACUCAAAACAGAUUAUCUGAAAGAAACAUUAACUCCUGUCAAUAAACACACAUUU